UCCCCAUCCUCUGUUUUUUGAGAGACAGAGAGAGUGGAGAGAGAUUUGAAAUGGGUGUUAGGGAAAAACAGAGAUCUUGUUCUUGUUUGGUGUUUGUGGGAUUGACAUUGUUGUUGGUUGCAUUGUCUUCUUCACCAUGUUUUUCCUGCAAUUUGUACCAGGGGAGUUGGGUGGUUGAUAAAUCAUAUCCUCUCUAUAACUCGUCGGAGUGUCCUUACAUUCGACAAGAAUUCGAUUGCCAAAAGUACGGCCGGCCUGACCGUCUCUACCUUCAGUACCGGUGGCAGCCCAUUGACUGUGGUGUGGCCAGGUUUGAUGGGAAAGCAUUCUCGACCAAAUUUAGAGGCAAGAAAAUAAUGUUUGUAGGAGACUCUGUAAGUGCCAACCAUGUGGAAUCACUGAUCUGUUUGCUUCAUGCUUCUGUACCUAAUCUCAAUAUCAAGGUUGGAGGUCAGAGUUCAGUGGCUACAUACACAUUCCAGGAUUAUAGCCUAUCCAUAAGUGUGUUUCAUUCAACUUACUUAGUAGACAUUAUACCGGAAAAGAUCGGUCGCGUUCUUAAGCUUGAUUCUCUCAGCAAUGGCUUGAUUUGGAAAGAUAUGGAUGUCUUGAUCUUCAAUACUUGGCUUUGGUGGUACCGGAGCGGCCCUUCACAACCAUGGGAUUAUGUACAAUAUGGUCAGAAAGUAUUGAAGGACAUGGACAGAAUGGAAGCAUUCCACAUAGCCUUGACUACAUGGGGUAAUUGGGUUGAUUCAGAUGUUGAUACAGCAAAAACUAAAGUAGUUUUUCAAGGGAUUUCUCCAAUGCAUUACAGGGGUGAGGGCUGGGGUAGUUCGGGAGUGAAAAACUGCGCAAUGGAGAAGCAACCGGUGAGUGGAUCAGUCUACCCGGGAGGGCCUCUGGCGGCGUCCAAGGUGGUUACAGAGGUGUUGAGUGGGAUUAAGAAACCAGUACAUUUGCUUGAUAUAACUCUUCUGUCACAGCUAAGAAAAGAUGGUCAUCCAAGUUCCUACAAUGGCUUCCAUGGCAUGGACUGCACACAUUGGUGUCUCGCCGGAGUUCCAGACACCUGGAAUGAGCUUCUAUUUGCAGCUCUUACUGCUUAGAAGAGGGAAAGAUUUUACUCCUUGUUUGGACAACUGAAAUUGUUUGUAGAAUAUUUGCUUCAAUAAUACAUUUUUUUUUAUCUGAAAUCAUAAUCAAAGUAAGAUAGCAACUUUGUUUAUCUGCACGUCUUUAACAACUCUGGAAUGUCUUCUGUUGUUCAUUCACACU